GAGCUGGGCUCGUUAGGUGCUUUCUUCUGACCCCUUACGGUCCGCACGACGGCCCUUCCCGGGUCCGGGCGGGAGGGACAUGAGUGUCUCGCGGCCGCCGUCUCCCAAGGGGGCCCUGGCCGGGUCACCCGACGGCCGGGCAGUCGGGGAGCAGACGCCGGGUUUAAGUGACACUUCUCCAGAUGAAGGGCUAAUAGAAGACUUGACUGUAGAAGACAAGACUGUAGAAGACAAAGCUGUGGAGCAAUUGGCAGAAGGAUUGCUUUCUCACUACCUGCCUGAUCUGCAGAGAUCAAAACAAGCGCUCCAGGAACUCACACAGAACCAAGUUAUAUUAUUAGACACACUGGAACAAGAGAUUUCAAAAUUUAAAGAAUGUCAUUCUAUGUUGGAUAUUAAUGCUUUGUUCACCGAAGCUAAACACUAUCAUGCCAAGUUGGUGAAUAUAAGAAAAGAGAUGUUGAUGCUUCAUGAAAAGACAUCAAAGUUAAAAAAAAGAGCACUUAAGCUGCAACAGAAGAGGCAGAAGGAAGAAUUGGAAAGGGAGCAGCAACGAGAGAAGGAAUUGGAAAGAGAAAAGCAGUUAACUGCCAAACCAGCUAAAAGGCCGUGAAAAGUUGGAUGUGUGCGUUUUCUUCCCUUCUCCCAUAUCCUUAGGAUUUAAGACACCCUGCGUGUAGACUAAAGUGAAGGUAGUGCCUUAUACUAAUGUGUGUGUUUUAUAUGCUUUUCCCAGGAAUCUUGUAUCGCUGUCCUCAUUUCAGCCUUUAAAGAGGUUUUUUUUUUUUCUAAACAUCAUUGCUGUUUAUAUGUAAUUUUUCCAAUUUUUCUGUUGCUUAAUUUAAAAGUUCAUUAUAUGGCCGUGAAUCAUUUAUAAACUGGAUAAUGGCUCCAUUAUUUUUAAUAGUCUAGACUCUGAGUGGUUAAACAUUAGAAAUUUUUAGCUUCUGAAUGAGUGAAUUUAAAAAGUUUGGUUUCUUAUUUUCUGAAAUCACUUGCCUUUCUGGCAAUGCAUUGCUGGAUUUUGGCAAUUGUCUUUUCAUUGCUUGGUUAAAAUAGAAAUGCCAACUAUUUCACCCCAUGUGCCCCUAGCAAAGACAUGUUAUAAGCCUUUGUGAAAAGCAUGAUAGAAAAGUGUGUAUGUGGGAAAUAGGAGCAUUUUAGACACAGGAUAGGGGAGCAAGAUGUCUGUUCUGCAAACCAUGUGUUCUGUCUGCUCCCCAACAUUGUUGUUGCUGUUUAGUGCUUAUGUAGCUUUUGGGUUCAAAGUAGAAUAAAGUUUGAUGGGAGAGGUGGAAUGCACACACUUAAAUAUGCUUAAAUAUUUGUGAUAAUUGGUAGCAGACAUUACCACACUGAGAUGCAGUUGUUAAUUCAAUAUGAUAAUAAACCCAGCGUUCCACAUGGAAGGUCUAACUAAGCACUAGUUUUGGGUGCCCUCUGAUUUCCUUUGUGACUUUACAUGUGGUUCCUUUUCAUGUGCUUUAAAAAAAUUCUUAAAGUAAUUGAUAUCUUACUAACCACCUAUUUUAUAGUUAAUGGUAGAAAAUUAGUUAGCUCUUCACAAGAGAGGCAGCAUGAUAACUUUCAUAUUUUCUAAAUUUUCCCCUCCAGUACUAUAUGUAGAUACUUAUGAGGGAAAUGUUACAACAUUUAAUUGUUUUCAAUAUCCAGAUAAAAUAUUAUUCACUGUUCUAGUGUUACUUAAUAUCCAAGUGGGUCUCUAAUCUCUAUUAUAUAGAGACUGUAUAGAACCUAAAAAGAUAUAUGCUUAGAAUAUGUAUCUUUUAUAAUCCACAUUACGGUUUUGGUAAGCUGGAAUUACUACCUCUGAUCAAAUAUCAGGCUAAUUAAUGAGGAAGAAGCGUUUAGAUUUAACUUGAGUGCUAAGAACUAGUUUGUUUUAAAUAGGUUUAAAUAGUUUGUUUGAAAGCCUUUCCCUUCCUUAAUGAAAGAACUAUGUUUCUCACAGUUCACUUGACUUCGAAUUUAUAUUUAAGAAUAUAUUUUACUUAAAAAGGCUAAGUGUUGUCCUUAAACACUAGCUAAAAUUGCCCUGGGCAGGAUUCAUUAGGGCUUAGAGGACAAUAUCAUCCAAAUUGCUGAAUGUCUUCACAAUCUGAUAGAGAUUGUGCAUUGCUUGUCAGAGUGGUUUGUGAACCAACUACAAUGGUUAUUUAAGAUGCUGGUUCCUGGACACCACUCAAUCUGCUGAAACAAAUUUGGUUGUUUUUUUCUGCCAGUUUUUCCCAGUUGAUUUUGAUGCUCUUUAAUAUGAUGCUGUACUAGUUGUUUAUGUCAGAGGUUCCCACAUUGGGCAACAUUUAUCAUCAUCUGGGAACUGUAAAAAUUGAAGACAUUCCAUAAGAUUCAUACUCAUUAGUUCUGGGUUAGGAGGUGCAUGUAGAUUUUACUGUUUCUAGGAUAAUUCUAAUGUAAGGUCCCACAGUGUUUAGACUGUCUUGUGAUUCAUAUUUAUUAGGAGUGAACUCGUUUAAAAGCUUUUAGUAACCUUGGGGCUAAUCCUUGAAACAAAUUCUGAACCGCUGCUUUUUAUAAAAAGUCAGAUUUACGGCAUGAUUGGAGGCAGGGAA